AUGUCAACAAUGAGAGCCAUCGAUAUCAAAAACGGCACCGGCCCAGCCAGUUCACUUUUUCUCAAUACAAACAUCCCAAAACCACGCCCAGGAUUGUCCCAAGCCCUCGUCAAGAUCCACUCCUUUGGCCUCAACCGCAUGGACUUGAUGCAACGAGAAGGGAAAUACAACGUUCCUCCUCAAGCAGGCAAGACUCUAGGUGUUGAGUUCUCUGGAUGGAUUGUUGAGUUGGGGGAUGGAGAGACAGGAGAUUUCGUUGUUGGUGAUGAGGUGUUUGGACUCGCUUAUGGGGGAGCAUAUGCGGAGUACUUGGCAACGUCAACAAAGAUGCUUAUCCAUAAGCCGAAAGAAAUAUCCUGGACAGUAGCAGCUGGUAUUCCAGAAACAUGGAUAACAGCAACCCAAGCCCUCCACCUAGUCGGCUGCUUCAAGCCAGGCGACAACGUCCUCUGGCACGCCGGCGCAUCAUCCGUCUCCAUCGCCGGCAUCCAGCUCGCUCGAGCCAACGGCGCAAGCAAGAUCUUCGUCACCGCCGGCUCAGACGAGAAAGUCGAGUUCUGCAAGACCCUCGGCGCGACAGCUGGGUUCAACUACCACACCCAGAACUGGGUGAGUGGUAUUAAGGCCGCUACGGACGGGCAUGGCGUGGAUGUGAUUGUGGAUUUCAUCGGUGGGAGUUACUCGCAGGGGAAUCUCGAGGUUGCAGCUAUGGAUGGACGGAUCGUGCAACUUGCUAGUCUUGGGGGGUCGAAGUUGGGUGCUGGGCUGGAUAUUGGAUUGCUUGAGAAUAAGAGGUUGAGAUGGGAGGGGAGUAGAUUGCGGAGUCGGGGGCUGGAUUACCAGAGUCGGUUGAGGGAUUUGCUGGUUGAGUUUGCGGUGCCGAGGUUUGUGGAUGGGACUUUUCAGGUGCCGGUUGAGAAGGUGUUUUCUUGGAGGGAUAUCCAGGAGGCGCAUGAGUUGAUGGAGAGUAAUCAGUCGAAGGGGAAGAUUAUCUGUUCUGUAGAAUAG